AUGGCCACGGUAUUUAAACUUGCAAAAGCACAAAAAGAAGGUAAUGGCCCGUCGUCUCGAGAGGCACAUAAAGAAAAAAAUUCCGAGGAACAGAAAGCAAAAAAAAAUAAACAGCGCGUACUGGUAUUAUCUUCCCGUGGAAUAAAUUUUCGACAACGACAUUUACUCAAUGACUUGGCUGCUCUAUCACCACACUUUAAAAAGGGUAUGGAUGCAAAACUCGAUCAAAAAUCCCAAUUCAGCAUUCUCAAUGAACUCGCCGAACUGAAUAAUUGCAAUAAUUGUCUUUUCUUUGAAGUGCGACGGAAAGAGGAUUUAUAUCUUUGGGCUAGCAAAACACCAAAUGGUCCAAGCAUCAAAUUCCAUGUGCAAAACAUACACACGAUGGAUGAAUUGAAAAUGACCGGUAAUUGCUUGAAAGGGUCAAGACCGAUCGUCUCUUUUGACAAGACAUUUGACACGCAACCACAUUUUUCUCUUAUAAAACAAGUAUUCACACAUAUAUUUAGUGUGCCAAGAGGCGCACGUCGAUCAAAGCCUUUUAUCGAUCACUUAAUUUCAUUCACGAUAGCAGACAAUCGGAUCUGGUUUCGAAAUUAUCAGAUUGUUGAAAAAGAUCCUACAGAAGUUGAGAAAAAUCAAAAGGACAUUACGCUUGUUGAGAUUGGUCCACGCUUCGUGCUGAAUGUGAUUCGAAUAUUCGAAGGAAGUUUCAAUGGCGCGACUAUUUUUGCUAAUCCGGAAUUUAUAACACCCACUCAGAUUCGACGUAAUAUAAAAGCCGAGAAAGCUGCGCGUUAUCAAUCGCGUGUGCAAUCCAAAGAAGUACUAAGGCAUAAACUAUCCGCUAGUGUUUUACCUUUCGACCCCAUGGAAAGAUCGUGA